AUGGAGCUGAACGGUGGCUCUGUGGUAGCGAUGAUAGGUAAAGAUUGUGUAGCGAUCGCUUCAGAUCUACGAUUAGGAAAUCAAGCUGUUGGUGUAGCAUCGAACUUUGACAAAGUCUUCCCCGUCAACGAUAAACUCUACUAUGGUCUUCCUGGUCUUGCUACGGACGUGUACACAUUAAAAGAACACCUCAGAUUUCGAGUAAACAUGUAUAGAAUGAAAGAAGAACGAGAGAUAACCCCCAAAACCUUUACCCAUCUAGUUUCCAGUACAUUGUACGAGAAGAGAUUCGGUCCGUUCUUCAUAGAACCUGUUGUAGCCGGUCUUCCUACCGCUACAGAAUUAGAUCCUCAUCCUAAACCUUUCAUCUCUACCAUGGACACUAUCGGUUGUAUAACAACACCAAAGGAUUUUGCUGUAGCUGGAACAGCUCAAGAUAAAUUAUAUGGUGUAGCUGAGGGAUUAUGGGAACCUGAUCUUGAACCCGAGGAUCUGUUUGAAACCAUUUCGCAAACAUUGUUGAAUGCUGUAGAUCGAGAUGCUUUGAGUGGUUGGGGUGCCGUGGUACACAUCAUCACCCACAAGGAAGUCAUCACUCGCACCCUUCGUGCAAGGAUGGACUAG